AUGGAGGCUCAAUCCGAUAGCCAUGACAUCUCAGACUUUGAAGUGAUCGAUUUCCCCAGUUUUUCCGAGUAUUCCGAAGGCGACAAAACUCCACCAGUAUCGGAGAAUGAUGCAUUCAACCGGCUGCCAGACCUUCGGAUCUCUUCUAUAGAGGAUGGGCAUCCGCCUUGGCAGGGCCACAGGGACAAGCUCGUCGGCCUCGUAGAUAUGGGAAGCAAUGGAAUCCGGUUCUCGAUCUCAGACCUUUCGGUAGGAAUGGCUCGGAUUCUCCCCCCAGUCCUAGUAUACCGGUCAUCAAUUUCUCUAUAUGACUCACAAUUUGAUUCCGAGACUGGAGAGCAGAUACCAAUCCCAGUGAAAACUAUAGACGCAGUGUGCGAUGCACUCCAGCGUUUCAUGGUGAUAUGCAAAGACAUUGGUGUCCCUGAAAAGUAUAUUUACUUGGUAGCGACAGAAGCGACACGUCUCGCCAAAAACUCUUCAGAACUUCUUCAUGCCAUUAAAUCAGCAACUGGAAAGGAGGUUGAGCUUAUUGAGAAGGAGCAGGAGGGUCAAAUCGGGGCGUUGGGCAUUGCGAGCGGCUUCGUGACUAUGGAGGGACUGGUAAUGGACCUUGGGGGAGGCAGCACGCAAAUCACCUGGAUUAUCAGCCGUCAAGGCCAUAUUAGGACCAGCACAAAGGGAAGUUUUAGUUUUCCAUAUGGAGCUGCGGCCCUCACAAAGAGACUGGAUGAUAUCAAAAAGGGAAAAAGCACUCAGGAUGCCGAUCAUGCGGUGGAUGAACUAAGAAAGGAGAUGAUCAAAAACUUUGCAGAUGCAUACCGCCGGCUCGAGAUUCCGCAGGUCAUGGUAGAAGAGGCGCAGCGUGAGGGCGGAUUUCGAAUCUAUCUGUCUGGGGGCGGAUUUCGAGGCUGGGGAUACCUUCUGCUCUACCUCAACCAGUCACAGGGCCAACACUAUCCCAUUUCAAUUAUCAACGGGUACACUGUCGGCAGGGAACAAUUCGAAGAUACAAAGACCAUUGUGAGGGAAUCAUGUGACCUGCCCGUUUAA